CUCCUGAAAAUUUGGCUUUUGUCACUUUUCUUGUGAUCCAAAAGGACUUGGAAGCGCUAAAUUACCUAUACGGUUCUCUGCCGUGUAUAGUAGUGCAUGCCUCACAACUAUGUCCCUGCCUAAUUUAGGCAUUACACGUAUGAGUAUAUAAUACUGGAUCGAGCGCAUAUUACCGAAGUCGUCGCGUUUCUUCUAGUACAACACUUGUUCUUGUAAACGGAUCCUCUUUGCGUCACUACAGCUGUUCCAUGAAACUCUCACGUGUGACUUUUUGCGUCGAUGGAUUUUUGGGACAAGGAGACUCGAACUACUACCUGCCCAUAAUUUCGGAUUGCCUUCAACACUCUUUCUUUCUUCUGCCGUUAAUCUACCUAAUCAUCUCGAUACCAUUUUUACUUUGGUACUGCCAUGUGCGCGAAAGCAUCCCGAUUACACGGAUUGAUUUUGGUCUACGUUUCUUAUUACAAUAUUUUCUCUCAGGAUGUGUGCUGUUAUCCGUGGUUUCUUUACUCUGUUGUGUCAUUCUUAAAGACGCACUCUUUCCCACUGCAACCGUGGAUAUCAUCCGCUAUAUUGCUCUCAUCGGAAAUAUUAUCUCACUGAUAUCCUACCUUCUGCUUUCGGAAAGGCUACGCCGAUUGCACCAGCCGCGUUCACAAUUCCUGUUCAGUUUUACUUUGAUACUGUUCGUCUCUGGCAUACCACGGUUUUAUGGGCUCGUCGCUCUUCCAAUGGACGAUAAGAUUGCGGCGUUCAUUCCUACUCUUUGGGUGACACCACAGGUUAGCGUGAACUUGACCCAAGUGCAAGCUUACGCCAGUGCGACAUAUCUUUGUGCAGCCUUUGGUUUGUUUCUGACCCACUUCUUCAGUCCACAUUACUCGACUUGUUCCCUUCUCACAGACAAGAAUCCGUGUCCGGAGUUGUGGGCCUCAGUGCCAGCACUGUGGACCUACACAUGGGUUUUCAGCACCAUAUGGAGUGCCUUCCGUAACCGGUUGAACAAUCUUGGUGAUCUGUUCUCUAUCCGCUCGGAUGACGCAGUAGAGCCAAAUUUUCGCAAAUUCCAGAUGGCAUGGGACAUGUAUAGUGGGAGAGCGAAUUUAAAACGACCUCACGAUGGGCACCAAGUUUCAUGUGAAUCGAGACCUUUUACUUUUCCGGAGGAUGAAAUGCGGCUACUUGGUGACGGGGACUCGACACUGCUUGAGGAGCGCACUGUGGUUGUCUACCCUGCACGCGCCAGUUGCACCUGGGUGCUUAUCAAGACACUGUGGACUGCAUUCAGUUGUCGCCUCUUAUCGUCUUGGACUCUGAUCACGGUUGGUACGAUACUCAAUUAUGCAUCUCCUGUUUUUCUUGGGUAUCUUUUGCGAUUCUUAUCUUCUCCUGAGAUGCCAAUCUGGCAAGGAUACUUGAUCGCCUUUGGGAUGUUCACUUUUGGUAUAGUUGCUAUUAUCUGCGAUCAGCGUGGUUUCUAUGGCUGCUGCACUUUGGGCAUUGCAGUUCGAUCUGCUCUGACAUCUGCAAUAUACAGAAAAGGUCUGUAUCUUUCUUCGGAAUCACGUUCUCAGUUUUCCUCUGGCGAGCAGGUCAAUCUGCUCAGUGUCGAUGUUAACAGAAUCCUUGAGUUCUUCUUGUCAUCCUCCCUUGGGUGGACUGCCAUCAUACAAUUCUGCUUGUCCUUCUAUUUGCUCUGGGGUCAACUUGAUGUGGCCACUCUGGCCGGUCUUGUUUGUCUGCUUCUCAUGCUUCCUUCUGGUUUGGGAUUUAUGUGGGUCACCCAAAAAUUUGAGGCGGAGGAGAUGGAGUGGAAAGAUGCUAGAAUGCGAUGUCUCGGAGAACUUUUUGCAGCCGCCAAGAUCGUCAAGCUUUAUGCCUGGGAGAAAGCGUUUCAAACGAAAGCGAAUUCUCUACGAGAUCAAGAACUGAAACGCUUGUUUCGUGUCACUAUGGGCUGGAUUGUUGGAGAAAUGGUGUGGAGUAUCGCACCCGUACUGAUUUUACUCUCGACUUUCAUUGCUUUCUGUUGGGAGCUUAUCUUUUGGGAUGGGGACGGGCCCCACGCGAGUAAUUCCUCCGUUCCGAGAAUGUUGAAUUCCGAACGUAUCUUCGUCAGUGUCAGUCUGUUCAAUUUGCUUCGUAUUCCUCUUAUCUUGCUCCCCUGGAGUCUUUCCGCUGCUGCCAUGGCUUACGUUUCACUUAAACGAAUUUCCGCCUUUCUUACCUGCCAUGAAGUGGACAGGAACCCUAUCGACCAGUGUGAAAACAACGAUCCUGACAUCUCUAUCCUUUUCAAAGAUGCAUCCUUCUCUUGGACUUCUGAUGGACCACUUGUGUUGCAUGAUGUUAAUCUUACCAUACGACGUGGGUGGCUAGUUAUCGUGCUUGGAGCUGUUGGGUCUGGCAAAUCCUCCUUGCUAUCUGCGUGUCUUGGCGAUUUGGUUCGACGACGUGGAUCAGUGUGCGUUAGCGGUUCCGUUGCGUACGUAUCACAAACAACUUGGUUGCAAAGUCAGUCAUUGCAAGAAAAUAUCUGCUUUGGCGAUUCUUUUGACGAGGACACCAUUUUGCCGCGAACGACCAUCCUGUCAGCGAGCGAGAGGCGGGCAUGGUAUCGUACCGUUCUCUCUGCAUGCGCGCUGCUUCAUGACAUACAAUACCUACCCGCGGGUGACUUGUCUGGAGUCGGAGAGCGUGGAGUUAUCUUAUCUGGUGGUCAGAGGCAACGUGUUGGUCUCGCCAGAGCAGUUUACCAAGAUGCCGAUAUAUAUUUGCUUGAUGAUCCCCUAUCUGCCGUGGACAGUGGUGUCGCACAGCAUCUCUUCGCUCAUAUUAUUGGGCCUUGCGGGUUACUGGGACACAAAACUCGUUUGAUGACUACGAAUUCACUGCAAUGGCUGCCUCAGGCUGAUUGGAUCGUGGUACUUAGCCAAUCGGGAGAGGUUAUUCAGUCUGGAACCUAUCAGGAUCUAAUGAAUGACACAACUGUACCAUUCUCGGAGUACCUGCGACCUACUGGAAAAUUUGAACGUGAGGAAAUUACUUGCCACAGUAACCGUGGGAGCUCGUCCUCCGAGGGAUCGUGCACAUCUGCUCCGUGUGAAGAUGCGACCCAGUAUAUCUCUACUUCCCCAAACCGAGCAUCUUCUGGCGCUCGAUCUGCCUCGUGUGAGACCGUCGACUCGGGGACCAAUCACGCAGCUAGUGGACUAAGCCUAAUGUAUCCUAAAGUUCGGUACCGUGGCCAGUUGAUUUUCUCUAAACAUUCGACUUCACGUCCGAAGCUCAUAAGUUCGGGAGAGUGCUCCCGGUCAGAUUACCGCAAUUCGGCCGAUCUUCUGCACGCUUCGUCUGCUGCUUCCAGUCCUAACACCAAUUAUUUUAUGCCGGAUGAAGAUAUUUUCCGUGGGCGUGUUUCUUUGGCUGCCUACGCCUAUUACUUCCGGGCCAAGGGUUGGGCUUCGUCCUUCUUAACCCUAAUUUCACUCUUCAUAACCCUUGGAGUUGCAAUUUUCGGCAACUUCUGGCUGCAGCUUUUCGCUGACGAUCCGGAUCUCCUUGCUGCAGACCAUGCUCUUCACAAUGCUUCCAUUCUCAAUGAUACAACGGUUCGAACUAGGUUCAUUCACCAAGCUGCCUCCAAAACCUGGUACUACCUUGUGGGCUACAUUGGUGUCGGUGUUGCUUUGUUUUUCCUCACUUUUUCCUACUCGACAUGCCAUUUUUUCUCUUCCAUCAAAGCCUCCAAGGUUAUGCAUCGUGAUCUUCUGUCUCGCGUUUUGCGUGCACCUGUCGGGUUUUUCGAUCAAACUCCGCUUGGUCGCAUACUCAACCGCUUCAGCAAUGACACAGAGUGUUUGGACCACGACGUCCCAUAUACGCUUCUGGAAGUGGUUGGCUCUUUCAGUUCCACUAUCGUAGCUUUGCUGAUCAUCCUGUUCACACUGCGUCCAUUUGGAUUGGGUACCGCCAUCAUCCUGCCUGCUGCGGGGAUCUAUUUGGGCCUAUUGUGGAUGUACGUUCCUUGCAGUCGUCAGGCUCGUCGGUUGGACGCUUUAACUCGUUCACCUUUGCUGGCUCAUUUCAGCGAAACUUCAGCAUCUUUGCUCGGAGCUUCCGUUAUACGAGCAUUCAAUCGCACUGGCGCGUUUAUUGCCAACGUGGACAAACUUAUUGACGAAAACGCCGUUUGUGCAUACCUGAGGUACACUGUCAAUCGGUGGUUGGAUGUUUACCUUAAGCUGAUCGACCGUGUCAUGCUUCUUCUCGUCACUAUCGUCGUAGUCUACAACCGGACUAUGCUAACACCUGGUCUUGCCGGGCUCGUCGUCAUCUAUGCUAUGGAUGCGGCGGAAAACUUCUCUGUUUUUGUCAAACAAUUGGCAGAGUUUGAAACAAGUGCUGUAUCGUUGGAGCGCAUUUGGGAGUACACAUUGAUCGAACAGGAAGCCCCUUGGGACGGUGACCUCAACGGCUCACUACCUGCCGAUUGGCCGGCUCCAUGUUGCCACCUGCUCUUCAAUAAGGCCACUGUGAUGUACAAGCCCGUUGCCCGACUUGAGCACACACCUCCGUUGGAUGGCCCGUUGCCUCAUUCUGAGCCGAAUCGAUGCAAUGAACCACAUACUAUAACCGCGCUUCGCUCGAUCGAUUUGAGCCUUAGCGGUGAUCCAGGGAGGCGCCGCAUCGGUAUUGUGGGUCGCACUGGAGCCGGCAAGUCCUCCUUGGCAUCUAGUUUGUUUCGAUUGGUUGAACCAACUAUUUUACCGGAGGAUUACGAAAAUCUUCCUGCAUCUCUAACCAACUGUGGCCCCAUCAUGGUAGACGGAAUAGACUUGUGCCGCCUCGGGCUACACGAAAUCCGGUCACGAUUUAGUAUUUUACCUCAGGAACCGGUUCUCUUUUCCGGCUCUUUGCGCUUCAAUCUGGAUCCAUUUGGAGAUCGGACAGAUGAUGAACUUUGGAGUGCCCUGGACGCCGCUCAUUUAAGGGACUGGCUACAGUUGGAGGGACUUACCCUUGAAUUUGACUGCGGUGAAGCUGGAUGCAACUUAUCGGCUGGACAAUGUCAGUUGAUCUGCUUGGCUCGAGUUUUCCUAUCAUCUCGUGGGCGCGUCCGCCUUCUCGUGUUGGACGAGGCAACCGCUGCUAUGGAUCCCGCGACAGCUGAUCUGGUCAUGCGGACGGUCGUCGGGGACCAGUUUAGACAUGCCACUGUGAUCAUCAUUGCCCACCGACUGUCAACUGUAUUGGACACCGACUUCAUCGUCGUCUUGGAUCAAGGGAUGGUAGUUGAAACAGGACAUCCCAUGGAACUGUUGGCUGACCCCAAUUCUCGUUUUUCCAGCAUGCAUCGCACCCGUUGAUAACGUGACACGGAUGAAACCAAACCAAACUUCUCACCUUACGAUCCAUUCUGCACAAAUGCACAGGACUCAAAACCCAAUACUUUUCAAGCGUACAGACAUCAAUUUUCUUUUUCUCCCAGUGGUAUUUGUCCGCCCGGCGUUUGGCCCCCUUGUAGUAUUUUUUGCUAAACAUUUAUGUAAUUUGAAAGAA